AUGUUUCCAUUCCCAGUAGACGCAAAAUGCAACGCGGACGAUUUUUUUAUAACUGUGGAAAUUGCAAAUGAUUGUCCGAAAAGUGUACCGCGACAUGGAGAUAGCGAAGAAUAUAAACUCAUUGUAAAAAUGGACGGAGCAACACUAUCUACGGACAGCGUUUGGGGUGCCAUAAGGGGAAUGGAUUCCAUCAGUCAAUUAAUAUUCUAUGAUGAAAAAGAUGCAGAGUAUAAAAUCAGAACUGUGAGAAUACAUGACUUUCCUCGCUUUCCGCUCCGAGGUCUCCUGAUCGACUCCUCAAGACAUUUCCUCUCAAUGAAAGUCAUCAAAAGACAAUUGGAUAUCAUGGCAAUGAAUAAAAUGAAUGUUUUGCACUGGCAUCUCGUAGACAGCGAAGCAUUUCCUUAUGUUUCCGAAAAAUUCCCAAAUCUUGCAAAAACAGGUGCAUAUUCACCCAAACAUCAAUACUCACCAAGCGACGUCCAGGAAAUCAUCGAAUUCGCUAGGGUUCGAGGGAUACGAGUUAUUCCUGAAUUUGACCUACCAGGCCACACCGGAGCAUGGCAAGGACAUCCAGAACUGUUAACGGAAUGUUUCGAUUGUGCUGGAAAGCCAACCUAUUUACCUAAUCUCGUGGACCCAAGCAAGAAUUCAACACGGGAAUGUAUAACUGAGCUAGUGGAAAAACACCUUAGGAAUUCCUGGACGAAGUGGUCACGACAUUUCCCGAUGAGUUUUUGCACCUCGGAGGCGAUGAAGUUGAGAUGUUUAUUGAAGACUGCUGGAGAGUUAUACAGAGAUUAUGCUGUAGAAUUAUACAGAAAAAUGAUGAGGAACUCAAACAUCAGGAAGUUUAUGAAGGAAAAAUCAUUCGGGAGCAACAUAAGACUUCUUGAAAAUUACUUCUUUGAGAGGCUCCAUGCAAUUGUAAGGAAUUUAAAAGUAAAAAGAAGAACAAUUUUUUGGCAAGAAGUUUUCGAUAAUAACAUUCCGGAAUAUGACUCCAUAAUACAUAUCUGGAAAGGAAGAACUCAUCAAGAAAUUAUAAAGGAGGUGAAAAAUGUUACAGCGAAGGGUUAUAACGCUAUCGUGUCGGCAUGCUGGUAAGA